AUGCAUAUACCUGUGCAUCUAUCUAUCUAUCUAUCUAUCUAUCUAUCUAUCUAUCUAUCUAUGUUUGUGCAGACGGAAAUGUUCGGGGAUUCUCUCGAUUUUCGGUCAAUACGACUCGCUUGCGAUGAUCUCAACAGGAUUCAAGUAGCUGAAGUCAAUGACUCCCUUUAUUUGCCAUAUAACACUGAUAAUUACCUCCCUUUUGUGCAACGCUUGGGUGGUGUUUGUACUUCGUCUCGGAUUUAUGAUCAGACUUCAACAGGAUUCGUUCACUAUUCCUUCCCAAAGUUCGUCUUUCAAUUCUUUUUUCUUUUUCGUCCGAAGAUUUGCACAUUUAUUGCACAUUUUCUCUCUUUCCUUUUACACCAGUUGACCUUGUUUCAUGAUCACCGGAUAAUGAAUAAAAGGCGCCAUGUUUACUGUAGUCAUAUUGAAGCUGUCACUUUCUUUUGUGUAGUUUGGCUUUUAUUCUCAAACCCUUGCUUAGUGAGCGUGACGUUUAUCUCUCGUAAAAAAAAACGAGCGAGCUUUAUGGCAUCCAGCAGACAACAGCGUCCAUUUUUCUUUUCGAAAAUGAAAGGUGCAUUCCAUAAUAAACCUUGUUUUGUUCACCUUCACUGUUAUCAUUUUCAUCUAUAA